AUGUCCGAAAAAGUUAUCAAUCCUCAAGUUUCAUGGGCUCAAAGGUCUAGCACCACUGAUCCAGAGAGAAAUUACGUCUUAAUGACCGUGUCAAUUGCUGACUGUGAUGCCCCAGACUUAACUAUCAAACCAACUUACAUUGAAUUGAAGGCUCAAUCAAAGCCUCAUGUCGGUGACGAGACUGUUCAUCAUUAUCAACUGCAUAUUGAUCUGUAUAAGGAAAUCAUACCUGAAAAAACAAUGCAUAAAGUCGCUAAUGGUCAACACUAUUUCUUGAAACUGUACAAAAAGGAUUUGGAAGCCGAAUACUGGCCACGUUUGACAAAGGAAAAGAUGAAGUACUCUUACAUCAAGACUGAUUUCGAUAAAUGGGUCGAUGAAGAUGAACAAGAUGAAGUCGAAGCUGAAGGUAACGAUGCCGCCCAAGGCAUGGACUUAAGCCAAAUGAUGGGUGGUGCUGGCGGCCCUGGUGGCGCUCAAGGCAUGGACUUCAGUCAAAUGAUGGGCGGUGCUGGCGGCCCUGGUGGCGCUCAAGGCAUGGACUUCAGUCAAAUGAUGGGCGGUGCUGGCGGUGCUGGUGGAGCUCAAGGCAUGGACUUCAGUAAAAUGAUGGGCGGUGCCGGAGGUGCCGGCUCUCCAGAUAUGGCUCAAUUGCAACAAUUAUUGGCCCAAAGUGGUGGUAAUUUGAACAUGGGCGAUUUCCAAGAAAAUGACGAAGGAGAUGAGGAAGAUGAAGAAGAACCGGAAGUGAAAGCAUGA